AUGUCGCAGACCCAAUACCAAUAUAGCCUGGGGCGAUCAGAGUGCAAUGGCGAUGAUCGCCAGUAUAGAGCCUGCAGCUGGCAGGAUUGCCCCAUAGGUUCGGCGGAUUACAGAGAAAUGCAAUGCGCCCUCUAUAACAACAGAGAAGUGCUUGGGCAGAUGGUUGACGACUGGGUUCCUUAUCUGGAUAAAAACGUUCCCUGUCAGUUGCAGUGUUAUGCAAGAGACAAAUGGUUUUAUUACAAUUUCGGCAAAGUCCUGGACGGCACUCGCUGCAACCCUGACAAUAUUGACAUGUGUGUGAACGGUGAAUGCGUCCACGUUGGUUGUGACGGGAUUUUAAAAUCAGACAAAAUUGAAGACAGUUGCCGCGUGUGUGGCGGGGAUAAUACAAGCUGUGGUCACUAUAAGAAUGUGUUUAAGAAUAAUAUGCCAUCAUCAGAAUGGUUUGGUUAUAAUGAAGUCGCUGUUAUCCCAAAGGGUUCUACUCGCAUAGAAGUUAUCGACAGAAGCCGUAACUAUUUAGCUUUGAUGGAGGGGAGUCAGUACAUUAUCAAUGGAAACUGGAUGAUAAAUUGGCCUGGGAAAUACUUAGCUGCUGGUACAUCUAUCCAGUACCAACGUACGCUGGAUGGUUUUGAGAAGAUUGCAGCAUCUGGUCCUACAGACGGUGACCUACAUGUCAUGGUGUUAUUCCGGGAACAUAAUCCUGGCAUUGAAUACGAGUACUGGUUGCCGAUACAUGUAAGUAACGCAAAGGCUGUCAAAACUACGUCGUAUAAUGUCACAGUGACUCAACCAUCGAUAGAGGGCGGUAAACCAUUUCAGCUGCCACAGAGCGAUCGCGGAGGGCAAUCUCUUGGUGAUUUACAGAAUCGUGGCAAUGAAAAGAAGUCUUCCACAGAUGAUGCAAAACAAGAACGAAAGUGUCCAAGAUGCCGGAAAGUGCGUGGAAGCAUAAAAACAUUUUUUUGCAAGAGUGAUUUUGCAUCGCAUAUUCAAGUACUGUCUAAGAAGUUGAUGAAUGACCAAACUCGCUACGAUGUAUCAGUCAUCCAGACAUACCAGAACCAGUUUAUUCUGACUCAUCGUGAAUAUUUGUGGGUGCCAAAUACGUGUGAUUGCCCUCGCCUUCGCACCGGCAAAGAGUAUCUCGUAACGGGGAAUUUGAAGACCAAUUUCAAGGAUGGCGAAAGUCGGUUUGUAAUAACAGAUAAAAAUUUUGUACGCAAAUGGAAGACUAAUGCGCACGCUAAAUGGGACACAUUGCAGCAAAAAAAUCCAUGUCUCCCGUAA